GAGGCCCCGAACUGCCAGAACCUCUCUGCCGGUUCCUCUCGCGGCCCGAGGCCUCAUCGCCGCAGAGGUGCCGAGUGCCCGCUCCUCGGGGGGACACCGUGGGGGGACUCCGGAGCCUUGUUGCUCCCCGCGGGAAGGAGCGGGGACCUGGUCUCUCCCCCUCGCAGGGCGCCCGAGUGGCCCGGCACUGGAUGCCGGGGACUAGCUGCCGAAUAGAGUGACGCUCAGAUGUGAAAGCCGGGCACAGCUACCCUGCGAGCAGUGCGGUGAUGCUGCAGCAGCCUCCUGCUGCUUUGCUGAGGGACAGGGACUCCAUCAGCGGCUGGUAGAAAGCCCUACCUGAGGACUCCUGGAGGGCAAUGCGGGCAGGUGAACUCGGAUGCCUGAGCAGUGAACGUCCCAGGCUGGGGAGGAGAGGCUCUCGGCAGUAGGUGUGAGGUGAUCUAGCCCAGCUCCCGCAGUGGCCUGGCUCUCUGGUGUCUGAGGAUGAGUUUGACCCCCACCAGGAGAUGCCUCCUGGACCUGCCCUGGGAAGAUGUCUUGCUUCCACAUAUUCUCUGUCAUCUGCCACUGCAGCAGCUCCUGAGCCUGCAGAGGGUCAGCAAGUCAUUCCAGUCUCUCAUCCAGCUGUACCUGGCCAACAUGCGCUGCUUUGACUCAAGCCAGAUCAGAUUUGCCAUCCCUCGAGCUGCUUUUGUUAACCUGUUGAAGGACAACAAAGUACUGCAGCAGCUGGCGCUCCAGAACUGCUCUGCCUGGCUGACGGACUGCGAGCUGCUCCCAGUCAUCGAGCAGAACCACCACCUCCACCAGAUCCAGCUGAAGGGCUGCGUCCAGCUCAGCCGCCAUGCGCUGGUGACCAUCUCGCUGAGCUGCCCCAACCUGCGCCAGCUGUCCCUGGCUCAGUGCGACUGGGUGGACAGCCUGGCCCUGCGCAGCCUGGCUGACCACUGCAAGGCCCUGGAGGCUGUGGACCUGACAGCCUGCCGCCAGCUGAAGGACGAGGCCAUCUGUUACCUGGUGCAGAAGUGCAGCAGGCUCAAGUCUCUGUCGCUGGCUGUCAAUGCCAAUGUGGGCGACGUGGCAGUUGAGGAGACUGCCAAGUGCUGCCCCGAGCUGGAGCACUUGGACCUCACAGGGUGUCUGCGAGUCAAGAAUGAUUCCAUCAGAGUCCUGGCUGAGUACUGUCCCAAGCUGCGCUCGCUGAAGGUCAAGCAUUGCCACAACGUGGCUGAGUCCAGCUUGAGCAUCCUCCGAAGCCGUGGGGUGGAGCUGGAUGUGGAGCCUCCACUGCGGAGGGCUCUUAUUCUCCUGGAGGACGUGGUUGGCUUCGCCCCUUUCAUCAACCUUCAGAUCUAGAACUGCUGCUGCCGGGGAGGGGGGGACUGAUGCAACGCUGGGAACCUGGAAGGAUGCUGGAACUGGCUGCUGUGGAGACGUGCAGAGGGAGAGGUCGGUCCCAUUGGUGAGGCUGGCCUGAGUGGGGCUCACUCUUUCCUCUGGGGCUGUUUAGCAGCCACUGAAUGUUCAUGAAUAGGCUUCAUUGAUGCCUCUGGGGAAAGUAACUCCCUCUACAGUGGCGUGGAGAGAGCGCUUGACUUGCAGGAACACCAUGGUGCUGAACAGGCCUUGGCCAGGCCAGCUAAUAGAUAGGAUUUACUAUU